CGAACAAGGUAGGUGGGACUGAACCCGAGACAAACCAAUCCCGACACGGAGCCAGCAUAGACUGGUUGUUGAUUGGAUAUCGUUUUAACCAAUGCAACUUCUGAAAAGAGCGGGGAGGCGGGAAGUCGAAAACGACCUGCGCAGUACCCUCAUGCCAGUGCAGGCCUUCUCAUUCCCGGUCCCAGAGACCAGGUUCUUUCAGGCCGGUCGACGCAUAUUCAAGUUCAAGAUCACUCGUGGUGGCAACUACAGUGGCGAGGACAUGACGUAUGAUGAUUUUGUGAAUGAGGAGCUAGAGGAUGCCAUUCGCAUUGUUCUUGCCAGUUUGGAUACCCUUCAACCAUUUGCAACUAAACACUUCAAUGUCAUUCCCUAUAAGUGCAGAUGGGAGCGAGUGUCAAAACUACGCUUUGAACUGAAUAGCAUAAAGCUGUCUCCAUACCCCUACCUCAUCACGCUGUAUGUGGAACCACGUCUUCACAGCCACGGACAUACAGGCAAGAAAACGGGGGACUGGGAUGUCACUGACUCAAAACAGGAUGCGUCUCCAUGCCCCUCUAGCCCUUGCAGACCAAGGAAACACAGUAAGAAGGAACAGCCACCAGAGAGCGCCCUUCUACAACCCAGCACAGAUCCACACAACCAACAAAGCUGCCAUCAGGACUCUCCAGAGCGAGCUGAUGAGGCAGAAGAAAUAGUGUAUGACAGUAAGGUAAAUGCUGGAUUGGAAGAGUGUCUGAACAGCACACAAGAUGAACAACGUCCAGAAGGGCUGCCUCGUGGUUCAGUGGAGCAGACUGCACCAGAUGUAUCCGAACAAAAAUCACCAGAAGAGGACAACCCUAACUUAGUGACUCGGCUGGCCAGGGCAGUGUUUCCCCUCUCCCUUUUCUUCAAAAAAUGAGCGCCACUGGACCUAGGAUGAGGCAUUCAUAAGUUGCUUCUGUUGUUUUGCAAGAUGUUAGGACAUACUUUAACAUACCAGUUUGUCUAAGAUUCCCAUCAGAUUUUAAUACGAAAGAAAAUAUGGCUUUUGAGAUGUUGUCGAAGACAGAAACAAUGUACUAUGUCUCUUGCCUAAUGUGUCUACAACUACUGAGUCUCUGGCGUGUUUUAAUCAUAUGGACACGAAAGAAAGGGGUUGUGUUUAUAUGAUUUUAUGGUAAUAAACUGUUCAUAUGGGCCAAACUGUCAGUAUUUUUUUUUUUCAAUUUUGGAAGUGAACUCUACAUCUUAGAUACGAGUCUGUUUGGACUGUUUGGAAGUCAAGUGGGUGUAGGGGUGAGAAUUCAAGUGUGUUUGUGUAUUACAACAUUUGAGACACAUGGUGCCAGCUCUUAUUAGCGGUUUCUCUCGAAGUGGUUAACUUGUCACUUUAGUGUAUUCAAGCAGAUGACUUUCAUCAUGCCAUCUCUCACUGACUCCCUUCUUUCUCGGGCACUAAAUGUCGGUUAUUGGCUCAAGGCUCAGUGUAAUUACAUUAUUUUGUCAGGCCGUUAUCAUUGAGAUGUAUGUAAUUGUGAUUUGUUUGUUGUUUAUUUCCUCGCGUGUUCUAUAUUUAACACUAUCCAUGUGAUCAGAAUCAGAAUUCUUUUA